CUGCGGGUGGUGGUUUGGUGACGUGUUUAUUGUGAAUUUAAAAAUUAAAAUGUAUGUGUUAAUAAUUUUAAUUUUGUCUAUAAUAAGUGCCUCGUAUGCACAAGGGCCUACCCUAGUAUUAUUAGAUAAUCAAGUUAUUAAAGAAACGCAUUCUAUUUUCUUUAGAUCUCUUCAAGAAAGAGGAUACACUUUAACUUUUAAAAUAGCUGAUGAUUCCUCAUUAGUUUUGUCAAGAUAUGGGGAAUAUUUGUACAAGAACUUAAUUGUAUUUGCUCCGACAGUAGAAGAAUUUGGUGGAACUUUGAAUGUAGAAACCAUCACACAGUUUAUUGAUGACGGGGGCAAUGUUUUAGUUGCCGGUAGUAGUGUCACAGGAGACGUCCUUAGAGAAUUAGCAUCUGAAUGUGGCUUUGAGGUGGAUGAAGAAGGUGCUUUUGUAAUCGAUCAUCUGAACUACGAUGUGACAGAUGAAGGUCAACACACUAAACUUGUAAUAUCCUCAGACAAUCUUAUUGAUGCCCCUGUAAUAGUUGGAAACAAAAAAGACACAUCUGUAUUGCUUUAUCAAGGGACUGGCAUUCUAGUUGAUGCUGAAAAUCCUCUUGUACUUCCACUUUUGACUGGUGACAGUACUGCUUACAGUUAUAAUCCUGAUCAGCCAAUUAAAGAGUAUCCACAUGCUGUUGGAAAAGACACAGUCCUUAUUGCAGGUUUACAAGCCAGGAACAAUGCUAGGGUUGUAUUUAGUGGAUCUCUGUUGUUCUUUUCAGACGAAUUCUUCACGUCUUCUGUACAAAAGGCACAAGGAGGCGAAUUAAUUACGGUGUCUGGUAAUGAAGAUGUAGCUAUUGCCAUUAGCCAAUGGGUGUUUAAGGAACAUGGUCAGUUAAGGGUGAGAUCUGUAAAACAUCACAAAGCAGGGGAAGAUAAACCACCCCAAGCCUACACUAUCAUGGAUGAUGUAGUGUACACCAUUGAAAUCGACAUUUUCCAAGAUGGUAAGUGGAAACCAUUUAAUGCCAAUGACAUCCAACUUGAAUUUGUGAGAAUCGACCCGUUCAUCCGUACAACCCUACAGAGAAAACCAUCAGGAGAGUACGAGGCUAAAUUCAAGAUACCAGAUGUGUACGGUGUCUACCAGUUCAAAGUUGACUAUGACAGAGUCGGUUACACGAGACUUUUCAGUACUACGCAAGUGUCUGUCCGUCCACUGCAACAUACCCAGUACGAAAGGUUCAUUACAAGCGCUUACCCAUAUUAUACCGCGGCAUUCUCUAUGAUGUUCGGAGUAUUUAUUUUCUCAAUGGUGUUUUUGCAUUUGAAGGAGGAUGAAGGGAAGAAAUCAAAGAAUGAGUAAAAAAUGUGUUUAGAGUACAGUUGUUGUUUCAUCAAUUUUUUUAUUACAUUGUUUUUACAAUUUCAUUAUAUAAAUAAA